AUGGCAGCAAGGAACAGGCACCUCAACUCUCUCCUGCUGCUGAUGCUGCCACUGCUAGCCGUGGUACUAGCUGGUAAAACGCCUGAUGGUGGCAGUGCGGAGAGAGGACUCGUGCCCACGGAGCCGACGGCCACGAUCAAACUGCGGGGAGGAGAUGCAAGCAGCGGCCGGCUCCUCGCAUCCUCAAACCUUCCAGCCCAUGGAUCUUCCGCAUAUUCUUCCCCUUCCUCUCCCUCUCCACGAAAAUCCCAAUCAUCGCCACGUUCACUACCCUCUGCCGCCGCGGCCAUCGAAUCCUUGAUCCGCGGCCCCCCCUGCUCCUCCAAGUGCCCCUUGGGCUAUGAGUUCGAGCCUGUCGCCUCGGGCCUAAAGGACGACCUGCAUGGCACCGUGCUGGUUCUCCUCGAUGACGUGCCCGCUGCAGACACAGACACAGACGCAGACACAGACACAGGCGCAGACACAGACACAGGCACAGACGCCGGCACAGACGGGGCAGCACAGGGCGGGGCUGGCGGCAAGGGUGAUAGGCGGACUGGCAGUGCUGACAGUGGGGCUGGCGAGGAGAGUGGGGAGGACGAGGAUGAUAGGGGGCUUGGGAACGGGCGUGGUGGAGGUGAUUUGGAGGAGGUUGAGGAGGAGACUGAGAGAAAUAAUAGUUGGGCGGAUGAGUUGAUGGAGCAGGGGCAAGCGCAGGGACAAGGGAAGGGGCAGGGACAAGGGAAGGGGCAGGGAAAAGGGAAGGGGCAGAGGCAGGGGCAGGGGCAGGGGCAGGGGCAGGGGCAGGGGCAGGGGCAGGGGCAGGGGCAGGGGCAGGGGCAGGGGCAGGGGCAGGGGCAGGGGCAGAGGCAGGGGCAGGGCAAAGGACAGAGGCAGGUGAAGAAGCGGAGUUGCAAAUGCGUGGAGCCUUUCCUCGUGUCGCUGCGGUUCUCCAUCUGCUCCUCCAACAUCACCCUCAACCCCCGCCUCAACCCCGCCCUCUCCUCCCCACCCGGCCGCCCUGCCCCAGUUCCUCCACCAUCCCCUUUGUCGUCCGAUCCCCCACCCGCGCCUGACAGGCGGGCGGCGGACACUGGCACCUUCUUCCCGUGGUUCAAACCCAAAGGGCGCAAAGACCCGCCCCGGUCACAGCUAGACGAGGACGACGAUGAUCAGAGCGUUUCUUUUCAGCGCGACAGGCAGGGCAGGGCAGGGCAGCAGGGGGGUGAUGCAGCAGGGCGGGGCAGUGCUCCCCCGGCAGCCAUGCCCCUCAACCUACCAGAGCUCGAAUACCACUGCCUGCCGCUGCUGGCCCCCCCCUCCCCGCCCCUCUCCACUCCUCCCUCGCGAAACCCGCCUGCCACUGAGGCAGUGCGGAAUGCGACAACAGCAGCAGUGGCGACGCUGUUUGCGCCGCCAGCCCUCGCGCGCUUCGCAGGGAGCCUCAUGGUGCUGCUGGCACAAAACAACGCCGCCACCGCCGUGGCCGUCACUCCCGUCGGCCUCAGGGGCGUGGAUCUCGCCAUCUAUCCCCGCCUCGGCUUCGACGGCUUCCUCCCGGAAGAGGAAAAGGCGAUGUGGAGGCGUCUGGCACGCAUUGGCAAGGGCGUUUACGACCUCGGGCCGCGUGGUCCUGGUGCAGUGCAGAACGGUUCUGUGGGUUCUAAUUCGUGGGAAGAAAAGAUACCUACCGGGCCUUCUCUCUUCAGGGUGUUCUUUGAAUUGGUCUAUGUUACGCUGCCCAACAACAGCAGGAGCAGCAACCGCAGCAGCAACGUCACUGGCAACACCGUCACCGUUUCUGAUGACCCUUAUGCUGCUGCGGCUGGAGCACCCCCUGUGGACGGCUGGCCUGUAUCAACUGCGGAUUCUUCCAGUAACAGCAGCAGGAGCACUGCUGAUUCUGCUCCGUCUUCUGGCCUUUCCACUCCCCUCGUUGUAGCCAUUGCUCUCGCUGCCGCAGCUGCUACCGCCACUGCCGCCAUUGCUGCUGUCCUGCUCUUCUGCCCCACCUCCUGCUGUGGCGGCAGGAGGAAGCACCGCAGGAGUGACAGCUCGAGCAGCAGCGGUGGCAAGGGCGGGGGGAAGCUGUUUGGGGCGAAUCUGCGGGUGUUUGGAGGGAAGGGGCUCGAUGGAGGGAUGGUGAAGCUGAAUGGUUUCCGCAAGGCGCUUGGAAGCAAAGCCUUUGCUCGCCUCAUCCCUGACCCAGAAGCCAUCCUCGCUACAGGCGCACUCGACAUAAGCUACGCCGCCAUCGAGGCCGCCACGCACCGCUUCAGCGAGAAGAACCUUCUGGGAAGGGGCACGUUCGGGCGCGUGUACAAGGCCACUCUGCCCAAUGGAAUGAGGCUUGCUAUCAAGAGGCUCGACCUGUUGGUUGCUGGGGGAGACGUGGGCCGAGGGGGGGGCGCCGGAGGAGGGCGAGGGGGAGGCCAAGCAGGGGUGUCCAGGGAAGCUGCCAGGAAGCUGUUCGUGCAGCAGGUGGAGGCUCUUUCACUCAUGCGCUGCCCCCACGUGGUGCCUCUGCUGGGUUACUCCACAGAUGGAGUCAGUGCCGUGCUGGCAUAUGAGUUUGUGCCCAACGGCAGCCUGCACGACCACCUGCAUGGCUCAGGCCGAUUAGACUGGGCACACAGGGUGAAGAUCGCAGUUGCCGUAGCCAGGGGCCUGCAGAGCCUGCACCAGCGCCUGGUCCCCAUCGGCCCCGCCUCGCCCCUCUCCCACCCCCAUGAAGCCACUGCCUCCCAGGACCCAUCCCACAUGCAGCACCCAGGAGGAGCAACCGGCCAAGCAGCUUCAUCUACCUCACCUUACACCACAAACCCCGGCUACGGCUCCAGCCCCACUGCCCGCCUCACCCCCCCCGAUGUCUCUUCUGACUCUCUACAGAACAGUGCUUUUGCCUCUCCCCAUAGUUCCCUGCCCUCGUCCCUCAGCGGCUCCCCCCACAAGCUGGACACGCUGCAGGAGAGCCCGCUGGAAGGGGAAGGGGACGGGGAGGGGGAGGGGUAUGGGGACGGAGAGGAGGAUUUUCUUGUCUCUGUGAGCCAGGGGAAUGGGGGUGGCGAUAGCGAUAGCUACAGCAGCAGUGGGGAGUUUGAGAGUGGGGUGGGGAGUGGUGUUGGUGGGGUGGGGAUGGAUGGGGAGGAGGGGGAGGGCGAGGGCGGUGGGGGGAAGGAGGAGGUGGUGGUGAGGGACGGGCGGCGAUGGGUGCGGGCAGUGCAUGCAAACCUUAAGAGCGCCAACGUGCUGCUUGACAACCAGGGGAAUGCUAAGGUCACUGACUACUGCCUCUCUCGACUGGCGGAGGACGCUCUUCCCACCAGGCGGGGCGGCAGAGCCACUGGCACGUUCGGGUACCUCGCACCAGAAGGGGUGCUGUUCGGUGUGAACACGCAGCGCAGUGAUGUGUACAGCUUUGGGGUGAUCCUACUGGAGCUCAUCACAGGGCGAAGGCCCAUCGACCUCUCCAAGCGACCCGACGAGCAGUCCCUCGUCUCAUGGGCCGUGCCGCUCAUUGACCGGGAUGAGACGCUUGCCAUUGCUGACCCGGCCUUGCGGAACCGCUUUCCACCAACCAGCUUCCACCACUUGGCUACUGUUGCUGCAGUGUGUGUGCAAUCUGAGCCGUCCUUCCGGCCAACGAUGACACAGGUCCUUGGAUCGCUGGUCCCUCUCAUUGACCUCGCCGAGCAGUGGAAGAGCCAGGGGAAGCCACAUGCCGGGCCCCUCAAGUCUGCUUCUCCGCCCUCAUCUGGUUUGACAGAGAAUGUCUCGGCGGCCCUGCUUGUCCAACAGCAGCAGCAGAUUUACCGGCAGGGCCACGCGAACGAGGCGGCGGACGGUAACGAUAACGGCGACGACGAUCCGCUGCCGGUGGGGCUGGGCGCGCUGGACUGGGCGUUCAACAUGCUGCGCUGGUGCCCCGCCAGCGACCUCGAGCUGCGAUCGUGCGAAUGUCGCCUGCUCUCGUUCGUUAGGACCCCGCAUCGCGUGAUCCAAAUCGACAUCGGCCACCCGCCGGCCGUCCGCAAGAAAGCCACCGUCUGGCCGUCAGAAAAUCCGCUGGAAGACACCCUGUCGUGGGGCUGGCAGAAGGCGGCGGAAACCGACGGCGGAAGCGGCGGCGGCGGAAGCGGGGGCGCAGGCGACGGCGACGCGGCGGAGAACUGCUUUAUCAACACGCUGGUGGUGGGGGCGACGACGUGCCGCGGCGACGGGCGCGGCGACGAGGAGGAGAUGAACGGGAAGCCGAACCUGGUGAUGAUCCACGGGUACGCCGCCGCGCUCGGUUUCUUCUUCCGCAACUACGACGCGCUCGCGGAGCACUUCAAUGUCUACUCCAUCGACCAGCUCGGGUGGGGAGCUUCCAGUCGCCCCACAUUCACACCAGCUUCUCCGGAAGAGGCGGAGACAUGGUUCGUGGAGGCACUGGAGGCGUGGCGCAAGGAGAUGGGGCUGCGACGCUUCGUGCUGCUCGGCCACUCCUUUGGAGGCUUCGUUGCCUCUAGAUACGCGCUCAAGUACCCAUCCCGGGUGCUCCGUCUGGUGCUGGUGGGGCCGGCGGGCUUCAGCCACGAGUCGGCCAAGAUGCAGCUCUUCCGCUCCACCUGGAAGGGCUUUGUCUUCCAGUGCUACUGGGACACCAACAUCCCGCCGCAGCAAUUCAUUCGCUGGUUGGGUCCCUGGAGUCGGGACAUUGUGAAGACCGCAACCACACAGCGAUGGUCCGACCUGCCACCACCACAAGAGAACAUGACCCCCGAGCAAGUCGACGCCUUCUGUGACUACAUAUACCAGACGCUAUCAGCGCCCAUGAGUGGCGAGCAGUGCAUGAAGUUUAUCUUCUCCCUGGGGGCCUUUGCUCGCCGCCCGCUCAUCGACAGUGCGGUGCACUGGAAGGCGCCGACAACGUUCAUCUACGGGGAGCAGGACAUCAUGGACCAUCGGGCAGGGCUUGCAGCGGCCAAGCAGAUGCCCGUGCCGGCCGAGGUCUUCAACGUGCAAGAGGUUGGCCACAUGCUAUUUUUGGAAAAGCCUACCAUUUUCAGGGAUGCCAUUUUGUACGCUUGUCGAGACAUUCUCCCUGCGAGCUGCUCCACAGUGGAUGCGGCGUGGAAGCAUGUGGAACCCCACCACAUCCCCCUCACCACCUGCCAUAAGAUUCAUCUGGACAUGACUUCAACGGUUCUGAUCGCGCCGCAAGGAAACAGUGGUGUGAGAAGAUUGGCCAGCGGCUGGGGGAUUGGUUGA